UCUCCUCGCGCGAGACGAGAAGGGACUCGCGGUUACGACGCAUCGUUUCAAUUUGCCAAACGGGCGAAUCAAUCGCAAUUUACGCCCACGCGCGACUCGCUCGCCGCGUUCCGCGGCUGUAAAACCGUCCGCCGAAGAAAGAUGAAAGGGAGAACGGUCGCGUAGGUCCGUCGAACAUGGCGGCGACGGCCAAAUAUCUAUCGCGUUGAUCGGCGAGCGGUUCCCGCUACCGGAAAUUGGGCCAUAAUUAACCUCUUUGGCAGGCGGGCGCUCGGAAACGAAGAUCCGCGCGCUCAGUCAAGGCUGAUCCUCUCCCACGUGGCCGCAUCGAUUUACAUUUUUAUAUUAUUACCUGGCACACCGAUCGCGGUAUCAGUCGCGCGUGAACCGCGAGGUACCCCGGAACUGAUUCUCCGAUCUUCGGCUAGGACGACAUCCGCUGAUAGCUAAGGCGACAUGAGCAGACCGCUCACUUCGUACUUCUACGAGAGGAAGUGCUACCUCUGCGAGCGGCGCACGGUUUACCCCGAGGUGCCCAAGAGGUCGGCCAAGAAGGUCAAGUUUACUUUCGCCGAACCGAACAGAAUGCUGAGAUCAGCCUCGCCACAGUACCCUAGCAGGGGUGGCUCGGACGUUCGAGUGAUCCGCCUGACUGCAGACCAGGAAGCUGUUCUUCAGGAGCAAUUCAACAGGUGGCCCAGGGCACCACACACGGCGGAUGUCGUCCUACUCGCUGCCGAGACAGGCCUCUCCGAAGCCGACGUCGAGGCUUGGUACGCUAUUCGUCUGGCCCAAUGGAGGAAGGAGCAGGGCCUGGGCGGGAACCUUGGUUUACAUUGAUGCCUCCUGACGUUGCGACCCGCCGACAUUGUCGUACCCGUGUACCUGAAACGUUUAAUUCGUAUACGAACCGCGCGAGAACCGACAACGAAAUCAAUUCCACUCCACGCUUUCCAGCUUCCAAGCGACCGUACUCGCGUCAGCGGACACCUCUAACACAGAGAACCAUGGCAACGCGUCGAUUAUUUAAUUUAUAUGUUAAUUGUUAGCGGCGAAGCGUUUGCCAGGCGAGACGGUACCAAAAACAUAAAGUAGUUCUGUUAAUAGCUUCUCCUUAACCUCUUCUACCCUCGGAACUGGUCGAUCCUUAGAAAAGAAACAGGAAACUGGAGAGUAACGUUAACGCUAUGAGAAUUUAGAUACUUGUGACGUAACAAAGGCUGGUAUCGAGAUUAGCUAUUAACGCUAGAUUUACGGUACGCGUCAAUUCGACGCACAUUGAAUUUUAUAAACAUUACUCUGUAAACGCUUAUGUCAAUUUUCAUUGAUGCAAUUACACGAAUGCAGGACUAGUUUAGCGUUCGGCAUCGAACGCUCGCGCGCUGCCGAGCGGAGAGUAUAGCAAAAUCGGCGCACUCAAUGCGUUAACGAAGUCUGCGAUCCGGGUAGCUGCGACGGACAAUCGUAAUUAAUUAUUGUAACCACUUGUUCCGCGGAGAUGACAUUACCAGCGAGUAUUAACCAUAGCGUACGCGUCACACGUCGUAUGACCUGGUCGCCGUACAACAGCAGAACGAAACAGGUAUCCAUAAUCAUACGCCGGCGCUUCUGGAUAGUUCUACUAAUAAGACACGUGUGCGAGGAUUGCACGGAUACUAGAGAUACACGUUUCCAUAACCCAGUUACUCGAAUAAAUGUUACAGAAACUCAUUGCUGAGAGCUACAA